GGCAAUUUCUUCCGCUAUGCUGGCCACAGGCUCGGCCGAGUCGGCCAUGCCGUCGGCCACCUCGACAUCCUUCGUGUAUCUCAUGUACGCCAGCGUGUACUCGUGCGGAGUUUUGUUCCUGAUUCCAGCCUUCGUGGCUGGUCGUCGUUCUAUCCGAACUUGGCGUCAAGACUACACGGCCGUGCGGCUCUAUGGGCUGUUGGCUCUUGGGGCAUCUCUACGAGCCGUAGCCUUCGUCCUCGUGGCGCUGUGGAUGUUGGCUCUAUUCCAGUCACACGCCAACGGAUUAUUGGAUCGAGACGCAGCACACUUGCACUUAUCAUACCUGCAACUAGUAUUUCUAUGGCAAGUAUUGGGUGCCUCCGCAUCGUUGGUACUGGGCGGAGUUUUCCUUGUGGUGUUUAAUACAUGGGCAGCAAUGGUAGACAAGGUACAAGGUACCGGUCGCAAUUUUAACUUAAAGAAGCACCGAGUUGGAGAUCAGGCCACGGACUCGUUACUGCAAAAUCUACACACUCGAGGUGCACCAGACGUCGACGAGAGAAGAGAUACUGGGGCCAUUGCAACGCCUGAAUCAUUAUUAAAACCUCCGCCACCACCGAGAAUUUUGUUCAUUCGACUUAUGGUGGCCGUGUACUUACUACAAAUGGGUAUGUUUCUAUUUGCGAGACAAGAUCCGAGGAGUAAAAUACGACGCAGUCUACUACUCGUGGCCACAGUAUUGCUAAUAUGCUGCUGGGCCGCGUGUGUGGUUCUAUUACCGGCCUAUGGAGAAAGAAUGUGUGUGUUGCUGGAUAAAGUGGCCGAAGUUGUGACACACCGUAAGAGGAAUAUCCGACGUAUUGCCGUCAUCGCAGCGGUGUUUUGCCUCAUGCACACCGCGUCGUCGAUGCUUCUGGCAGCGUCGCAAUGUACGCCACCGUCCGAUGAAUCAUCCAGCUCAAUCAUAGGGAACUCGACACAUCCGAGUGAUAUUCACUGGCCGCAUCUCCCCCUUCAUCAUAUCGUUCAAGCCAACCCAGCCUUCUUCUUUCCGUCGGGUACAGCAGACGAUGGGGCGGCAAAUUCUAAUGAUGGAUUACUCCGUUGGCUUGUAAUGAUCGAAGUGCUAGAGUUCCCGAUUGAAUGGGCCAUGCUCAUGGCCUUAUUGUGUGUCUUACCCACUCGCUCUUCAUUGCCAGCAUUCAGAGGCUAUCGACCGAUUCCAGAGAAAAAAAAAUAUCAAGCAUAA